AUGUCACUCGCCCAGGAGAAGCACGAAUGGGGCGCCGUCCGCGUGCGCCAGACCUUUCUCGACUACUUCAAGGAGCACGGGCACACGUUUGUCCCCUCCUCAUCGGUCGUGCCCCUCUCCGACCCCACCCUCCUCUUCACCAAUGCGGGCAUGAACCAGUACAAGGCCAUCUUCCAAGGCACAAUCGACCCCUCGUCCGACUUUGCCCAGCUCAAGCGCGCCGCAAACUCGCAAAAAUGCAUUCGUGCCGGCGGAAAGCACAACGAUCUCGACGAUGUCGGCAAGGACAGCUACCACCACACCUUCUUUGAGAUGCUGGGCAACUGGAGCUUCGGCGACUACUUCAAGAAGGAGGCUGUUGGCUUCACCUGGGAGCUGCUCACAAAGGUCUACGGCAUCGACCCCAAGAGGCUCUAUGUCACCUACUUUGAAGGCACCGACGAGCUGGAGCCAGAUCUCGAGGCCAAGGAGCUGUGGCUCAAGGCUGGUGUGCCCGAGGACCACAUUCUGCCUGGCGACAUGAAGGACAACUUUUGGGAGAUGGGCGACCAGGGUCCAUGUGGGCCUUGCUCAGAGGUGCACUAUGACUUGAGGGAGCCUGAGAAUGGCGAGUACAGAAAUGCCGCUUCGCUCGUCAACAUGGACGACCCCGAGGUCAUUGAGAUCUGGAACAACGUCUUCAUGCAGUACAACCGCGAACCCGACCGAUCACUGCGACCCCUGCCCAACAAGCACAUUGAUACCGGUAUGGGAUAUGAGCGACUUGUCUCGGUACUGCAACACAAAAAGUCAAACUACGACACUGAUGUUUUCACGCCAUUGUUCCAGAAGAUUCAGGAAAUUACUGGAGCACGCGAGUACAGGGGCAAGUUUGGCGAUGAGGACCCCGAUGGUAUCGAUACCGCAUACCGAGUCGUCGCAGACCACGUCCGAAUGAUGAGCUUUGCCAUUGCCGACGGUGGUGUACCGAACAACGUUGGCCGAGGAUACGUUGUGCGUCGAGUGCUGCGAAGAGGCGCUCGCUAUGCGCGCAAGUAUUUUGCCUGUGAGAUUGGUGACUUCUUCUCCAAGAUUAUCCCCACACUCGUCGAACAGAUGGGAGACAUGUUCCCUGAAAUCAGGAAGAAGCAGCAGGAUAUCAUUGAGAUCCUGGACGAGGAGGAAAAGGCAUUUGCCAAGUCACUGGAUCGCGGUGAAUCCAUUUUCGAAAAAUACGCCCAAAAAGCGAAGACGAAGGGAUCAGAUGAGCUGCCAGGAGACGAUGUUUGGCGGUUGUACGACACCUACGGUUUCCCUGUUGAUCUGACAAAACUCAUGGCUGAAGAGCGGGGCUUGAAGAUCAAUGACAAGGAAGUCGAGGUGGCACAAGAAAAGGCUCGCGAGGCCAGCAAAGGCGACAAAAAGGCUGCUGGUCUGCUGGUCAAGUUUGACGUACACGACCUCGGUGCGCUGGAAAACAUGCCAGAGGUUCCAAAGACGGAUGAUUCACCAAAGUACGGCCGCGAAAACAUCACUGCCGUUAUCAAGGCCAUAUAUCACAACAAGAAGUUCCUCAAGAGCACUGCCGAGGUGCCCAAGGGCGAGCAGUUUGGUGUCUUGCUUGAUCGCACAAAUUUCUAUGCUGAGCAAGGUGGUCAAGAGUUCGACACUGGAAAGCUGCUGGUUGACGGCGAGGCUGAAAUCAGCAUUGAGAAUGUCCAGGUGUAUGCUGGUUAUGUAUUGCAUACUGGCUACAUCAAGUACGGAGAGUUGAGCGUAGGCAACGAGGUCAUUGCCGAGUUUGAUGAGCUACGGAGACAUCCUAUCCGCAACAACCACACAGGCACACACGUCUUGAACUACGCCCUUCGCGAGGUCCUCGGCAACGAAGUCGAUCAAAAGGGUUCGCUUGUUGCACCAGAGAAGCUACGCUUUGACUUUUCACACAAGGCUGGUUUGUCGGAUGCGGAGCUUGACAAGGUGGAGAGAAUCUCGUCCUCAUACAUCAAGGAAGACAAACAAGUGUAUGCCAAAGAGGUACCGCUUGCGUCUGCAAAGGAGAUUCGAGGCGUACGUGCUGUCUUCGGUGAGACAUAUCCUGACCCAGUCCGUGUUGUCUCAGUCGGUGUACCCGUCGAGGACCUCCUCAAAGAUGUCAAGAACGAGCAGUGGGAAAAGCUCUCAAUCGAGUUCUGUGGUGGAACCCACGUACUCAAGACUGGUGAGAUCAAAGACCUCGUCAUCCUCGAGGAAUCCGGUAUCGCAAAGGGCAUCCGUCGUAUCGUCGCCGUAACAGGUCAAGAAGCCUACAACGUCCAGCGCGUCGCCGGCGAAUUCCAAGAACGCGUCGAAGCCAUGGGCAAAAUGCCCUUUGGGCCCCAAAAAGAGGCCGAAGCAAAGAAAAUCGGUGUUGACCUCAACAACCUGACCAUCUCCGCCCUGUCCAAAAACAAACUCCGCGAGCAAUUCGGGAAGAUCCAGAAGAGUAUCCUUGACGAACAGAAAGCUGCGGCCAAGGCUGAUAACAAGCGUGUUCUCGACGAAGUCACAAAGUUCUUUGAGGACGAGAACAACAAGUUCAUGGUCAAGAAGCUCGAAUGGUCAAGUAACGUCAACAAGGCCAUCAGCGAAGUCAUCAAGACGAUUUCCGGUCCCAAGAGCGCACUUAAAGAUCGCUCGUUGUACUUGUUUUCUGCCUCGCCUGAGGAGGGCAAGGUGGUGCACGGGUGCUAUGUUAGUGAGCCGUUCAAGAACGCAGGCGCAGACGGCCCCAAGUGGGCUUCUGCAGUCACACCCAUUAUCGGUGGUAAGGCUGGUGGUAAGCCUGGUGCCCCUACUGCGAUUGGUCAGGGUACGAUUGUGGACAAGGUUGAUGAGGGUGUUGAGGAGGCGAGGAAGUGGAUUGAGAAUUUCAAGUUGUAG